AUGUCUGAGUCUAAAUUAGUUCUUAAUCAAAAGUUGCUUAAUAGCUUUGCUAGAAACUCACCAAGUAUUACUCAUUUGAGAAAGUACCCAAAGGUCAGUCAAGGUAUUGAUUACGUCUUUUCCAUUCCUGUCGUAUCUACUAUUAUCAAUCUGUUCUUAUCUUCCGUUUGGAAAGUAUCAAAAUGGUGUAUUGAAUCUCCAGAAUCUCCUACUUUAAUCAAGAGAAUCUCUAAUUAUGUGGUUGGUGUUUUGUCAACUCUUGAUAGUUUAUUCAAUUUAUUGGUUCUUAGAGAAGGGUUGGAUGCCUUUGUCUCAAUGUGGGAUUCACAUUCUCAAAGACCAGGGAUUUGGAUUAUUUGGUUUGGUAUCGAUUACAUUGCUAAUGGGCUAAACAUUUUAUUAAAACAAUUGGUUGUUGAACCUUUCCAUUUAACAAAGGCUAUUCCAAAUCAAACUUCAAAUCCUGACCCUCAACUUGAUACUGUUAUUGAUAAAUCCAAACCACAUAAUAUCGAUGUUUCCGAAAACAGUAGCACUAUUGGUAAUGAAGAAUUAUCAUUAAGAAACUUGCCUCAUGUUAAUGAAUUGACUGCUACCACAAGAUCUGUUUCAAAAGAAUUGCAAGAUAAAUUACAAUCUAAUGAAGUUCUUUCUCAAACCAAGACCAAGAUGAAUGAUCAUUUUGAUUCUUAUGUUAAACCAACUUAUAACAACGUUAAAGAAAUUUAUCAAGACAAGUACAACAAAUCAGAAAGUGUUCCACAGGCAGUAUUGACAACUGGGUUAGAAAUAGGUUCAACUACUUUGAAAAAUUUCAAAACCAGCUCCAAAUGGUCAACUCCAACCUCAUCAAACCAAGCAUCUCCAGUCUCUGACAAAAACUCUUUAAUUAAUGCUAGAAAACAAUUAGAUGAAAUCUCUGCUAAUACCACUAUCGAAGAUAUCGCUCAACAAGUGAAAGAAAUACCAAACCCAUUGGUAGACACUACUACUGUCAAUGCCACCACUACCAAUUUUACAACUGUUUCAGGGACACCAAAGAAUUUAGAAACUCCAUCUAAUGGCUCCACUGCUACUAAUUCAAUUCCAAAUUCUGCUGGUAAGAAGAAAAAUGACAAAAGCAAAGGAAAAUAA